GGAACCAGUGGAGGUGUGACUGUGUGCUACAUUGGCUGUGGGCCUGGACGAUUGGGGAGGGUCAGCGCCAGUUGCUGCUGGGUAAGAAGAUGGUGUGUGCCGAGCCCCCUCGCUUGGCCGGACAGAGCCUGUUGCAAGUCUCGGGAAACAGCCUGGUCUGUAUCCCGCCGGUUGUGAGCUUGGACCACAACCAGGGAUUGGUGAGCCGCUCGGGGGAUGAGCUGAGGGUGAGCUGCCAGGCCACCGGUUACCCUCCUCCAGCUGUGAGCUGGAGGAAGGUGAGCGAGACUGGGCCGGGGCCUUCAGGCCUACUCCCCGGAGGGGGGACGCUGACCCUCCGCAAUGUGACGGCCUGGCAUGCCGGGAUCUACGAGUGUGAGGCCCACAACCCGGGCGGGAGGGCCUCUGCCACCUUUGAGCUGCGGGUCAACCUGUCAUCAGGCCCAGGCCUGGGCCUCAGGAGUGGGGAAACGCCCUCACCGGGCCUGUCUCCCUACCAGAGGGCGGGUGCUGGCAGUAUGGAGUUCACCACCUUGGGCCCUGGCACCCAGGCCAGCAUCGCGGCUGGCAUCUCCCUGCUGACUUUGGUCAUCCUCCUGCUCCUGGGAGCGAUGAUCUGUCGGAGGAGAGUGGGCGAGAAGGGCCAGGGCGGGGAGGAGGGCGGCCUGUACCUUAAUGACUACUCGGACGGGCCGACCACCUUUGCCCAGUUGGAGGAGUACCGCGACGAAGCAGGCCGGGAGAUGCUGGUCCUUGACCGCAACAGGACAGACUUCUGCACCUACAAAGACACGGCCGCUGAGCCAGACCGGCAGCUCCGGGUGUUGGGGCCUCUCCACCAGGCUCAGGCGCAGGCCCAGGCCCAGCCGCAAAGAGGACCCGGGGAGUUAUUUGAGAACCUCAGCAGUGGGGCCUUCAAGCGGGAGAUUGAGUACGAGAUCCAUUGCUGA